AUGGCUUCCGGCCAGCUGCGACACCGCGGCUCAUCGCUCAAAGCCGCGUCGCUGGACACAUUACUCGUCGACACGAGCUGCAAUACGGGUGGAAACUUGGAUUCCCAAGAGCGACCAGAGUCGGAUCCCGCGCCUGUGUCUUCGCCGCAUGACGGAGAUGCAGACAAUGCCUCCAACGAUGGCCAACCAGAGUUCACACUGCAGCCGUGGAGAAGCUCUGUUACCACUACGCCGGGCCCCAAGACUAGCAGUGAGACAUUCGACACGCGCUCGACGCGCUCCAGCUCCACAGCAUCUCGGAAUGCGAAUCGCCUCUCGUUAACACUUCCAAUCGCACCCGCAAAUAGUCUGCCUUCGAGGCCGACACCAAAUUCAAUUCCUCCAACCCCUACCGAAUCUCUUGGUUCGGCAAUUGCGUCGCCCUCCGACCCCAACGAAUUCAUAGUAGCAAUCGCUGCGCAAGAACGGCGCGUUCUGGAGCUCCGGGAAGAGCUCGCCAGAGCCGAGGUGGAGCUCAAGACCUUGAAGACGCGAUGGAACUCUUCCGAAGCACACAAGGUCAGAUCUGCCCUUCGGGGUCGCGAACCUGUCCGUCCCAUGGGCUCUGCGGGGUUGGAUGGCGAUGGCACGAAUGACAGCCCCGCAAACAGGCGCAGCCUGGACCUGGAGAGAAAGAAGGCCCUUCUUAUGAGUGGUGGCACGCCCAGGGACUACAGGCGGAGAGUCAUACGUGGUGGCCAUACGCGGACGUUGUCGUUACUGUCGCCAACCAAGUCUGAGCACGAUAUUCCGAUCCAUCAUGACCUCGACGUGAUUCGGUCUCCAGAUGCCUUCUCGGGGCAACCGCUAGAGUUUACACCCACGCCCCUGAACAAACGUGCGACAUGGACCCCUCGGCAGACGCAGCAACCAGCCGGUAUGAAGCAGAUAGCACAGGACUUUAGGCACGGCCUGUGGACAUUUGUGGAGGACCUCAGGCAAGCAACUGUUGGUGAUGAGGGUAUCUCAGCUACGUCCAACAGGACAAGUGAGUUCUUGUCCAGGAAUGGCAGAACGUAUUCAGACCAAGAUACUAUUCGCGCGCCCACGUCGGCACGGGGCCGUGUUCCCUUCUCGACGGAAUCCGACUCACAGAUCGAGACACCACGAAGGCCUUCACCGGGCAGCUUCCAGGACCGGGCAUCCCAACACGAGCGCUCCUCGUCGUCCAAGGCCGAAAUCAAACAACGAAAGCAUUUUUCUUGGACACCACUCACCUUUGACGACCUGGGCGAUGAUGAUUGGUCAAACUGGGACUCUCCCAACGUGAAGACUGCGAGAUGGAGUGGCAGCACGGUCAACGGGGAUAUUAUUCCUGCGAUACCGGAGAAAGCUGAUGAAAACGAGGCAACAUUGAGGAAGAAACGGUCUCGAAGCGAUCUGCGAUCGCCAUCACCGCAGUCCGCGGGCACUCUUGGAGAGCUGCCAUCUGCACUACUCAACAGCCUUGCCCCCAGUAAUAUCAAGAGGUUCUCAUCGGAUUUCAUCAAAGAGUGGGAGAAGAGCCUUUCCCCACCGGCCGAGAGCACGACAUUCGAGCCCAGCUUCCAGAGCAUCAAGGACAAAGCCCACUAA